AAGGAUUAGAACCCGCUUUCGUGUUUACAUGGAGUAGUGCAUAUCUUGCGAGUAGUGAAUGGUUAUUUCCUUGAUUUUCAAUCUGGAAAUCAUGUUGGUGAAAAGAUGAUCCAAGUUGGCCGAGGUUCACGCACUCGAUCACGUAUUGGAAAUGAAAAUAUGCUGAACGUGAAACAGGAAUCCGAGAGACUUCUGAUCCGCUUGGGAAGACGGGAAUUUUUUGGAAGAAUUAGUUUGCAGACUGUCUUUACCACUGUUGUGUUAGCGGAUUACCUUAGUUAGAAAAAGCAAUAUAUGUAUCUGUUUUCUCAUUGUGGACUCGCUAGCAACGUUGUAUACUUUGUGCGCGAGAUUUGGUUAUUUGAUAGCAAGACCACCUGAUAGAAAUAUGGCGGUUGUAUACAAGUGGUUCGGUUUGGUUUUAUUCUCAUUAACGUGUCUAACAGUUUCUGAAGCUAGAUGCGGUGGAAGGACUGUUUUAACUGAUUUACAGGGAACUAUUUCUGAUGGACCCAGUGAUUAUCCAGUCAACACAACGUGCGAAUGGCUGAUAAAUGGUGAGUAAUUCAUAGCGUGCUCUGUCAUGUUCUGCAUUGCUAAGCUUGUGUCACAUAAAGAACCGCUUACACUUACAGCUGGAGUUUGUUCCCGCUUGGAUAAUCUUCGAGUGAAACCGUAAAAAGAGAAGUGUUCUUUCUUCAUACAUCUACAUCGGGAAGCAAUGUCCAGUUGUAACUGUUCUAUCGAUAGUUCAUUAUUAAAGUAAACGAACGUUAUCGCCUAAUUAAUUAACGUUUCACUAAGCUGUCGAUUUGUAGUGUUGUGAUGGAAUCAUUCUGUCCAUCUUAGCUGCAAACAGUUUUCUAUGGUGUGGAACACAAUUCAGGUGUUUAGUUUAGGGGCUAUAGGUACAUUAUGUAAGAUGUCUUCUUUAGCUUAAAUUUAGUAUUUUUGAGGUCCAGGGAAGUUAUUGAACAUAAACACAUUAUUGAGGAAAUAAAUAUUGGGCAAUCAUUAUCUCCAUGGCUUUGUACACAAAUAUUGACUGAUCUGGUAACAAAGUGGAUUCAAUCUGUGUACAGACCGAGUAGAUUUUGUCUGAGACUGAAAUUACCAGUGAGUUGAAAAAGACAUUUAAAUUAUGGUAUUUUGGGGAUCAGUUAUUAAGUGUCCUUUGAAUAUUGCAUGAUCUAGUUUUUAUUAGAGUGAAGGUUAUUAUUUACUAGUUUUUAAGUGAUCAACAAUGAAAAAUCUUUAGAGUUGGCUUUCAAAGUUAUUUUUGAGUGUCGUGAAAGCUUUGAACAAGUUAAAUAGAAAACUCAAUUAGUGGUUCCUGAGGGAAAGAUGAAGUGUUGCGUGCAGAUGUUCUAGUUAUAAAGCAACAUUUAUUUCAACCAAAAUUUAUUGUCAUAAAGAGUAUCAUAACUAGGGAAAGCUGUACAGGGCCAAUUUCCUAGGAUUGCUAAGUGGCUGGGUCAAGCCACAAGUUUUAAUGUUGUAAGAGUGAAAAGAUCAAUGUGCAAUGAGUAAAGAAAUUUAAAUCAUUGAUGUUGUUUACAUCAAGGCUGUGCUCUACCAUUGCCCAGGGGGCCACUGAUAACUUACUUUUUCUCUUGAGUGACUAAAAGUUCUCUCCAAAAGUGAGAACUGGCCGGACAGACCAUGGCCAGACUGGUCAUUUUGAAAAUGAAAUAGGCUUUUUCCAAGAGUUUUUGAUGAAAAAGGAUUUCCUUUGUGCAUACUAUUUAGGAAAUGACUGAUCUAGCUGGAUAAUUUUGACAAAAAGUUAAAUUCACAUUACCACAGGAAUGGCCUGGCCAGUCAGUUCUGACAAAGCUUUUUCAUAAAAAAGCAUAUCUUGGGCACCCUGGAUUUCCGCAUUUAAGAGCAUUUAUAGGCCAGUGAUUUUGUUACAAAUAGUUAAGGUGAGUCCUGGGACUGAUCUUGUGGAAAAUUAUGAGUCCCAGUUCAGAAAACCAGUCAGUCCCUGGGUCUUUUUUAACCACAGUUAAUCUGAAGAUAAACUUCAAAACUCUGUAUUACAGUUUACUGAAAUAGAAAUAUACUGGUAGUCCUUUUAUUGUAAAGCACAUCAAAGACUGAAAGGCGUAAGCCUCGUUUAACAUCAGCCACAAGAACAACCACAGAAAUCACACAAACAGGAUAUUCUACUAAAAACAUCUUCAAAUCGAUCAAUCAAUCUUUGCGUCCUACUGGACAUAUGCACAAAUUAUUUUGUGUCUUUGGGGAUUUUUAUGUGUCAGGGACGCAGGACUCAGAGGUAACAAAAUCACUGAUAGGCUCCCUUGAAUUUUUCUUUGCCAAUGGGCACAGUCUUGAUGCGUGUUUGUGUUUUGUUGUUGUUGAGCAGGAGAAAAGCAUUGCAAAAUGCCUGCUUGUAUAUGUUGAGAAUCAAACAAACAUUGUCAAACAAAAUCUGUUCCAGUGGGAAAAACUAGGACAUUGUGAGCGGGUGAGAUGGGCCUAUCUGCCUGUUCGGAUAACCAGUCAGUAUGCAGGAUUGGCCACAUCUUGCCCAGUCACGGAACCAUUCAUAGUUAUAAGGAACCAUAAAGUGAAACAUAGUGCUGAUACGAAGAAGAACUAGAUUGUUGAAAGAUUGGUACUAGAUUGUUAAAAAGGUGUUACUUGCACUGUUCUUUGUGAUAAAUUUAUAAGAGUGCUCGUUACUUAACGGUUGUUCCUUUAUUUACUUGAUUGUAAAGUUAAAAAUUAAGAGAUUGGUGGCCAUUAGAGAGAGGGGUAAAAUAACUUUCUUCCCCUAAAAUGGGCAAGUUAUAAAGAAUAGGACUUUAUAGAGCAGUGGUGGUAGUCAAUUUGGUGAUCAUACAGCCCUGCUGUAUCUCCACAAAAUGGCCAACUUGAAACAAAAGCUUUGAAAUUUAUAGGUUUGUUUGCAUCGGGAACUGAUAUAACUAGAUCAGGCAUUACUUGUAUAGUUUUUAUUUGUUGCACUUUUUAUAACCCUAUCUUUCAUUUUCUUUGCAGGUUCAUACCCCAAUGUUUCUAUAACAAUAACUUUUAUUGAAUUUGGAACAGAAUGUUCUAUUGAUUACUUGUUUAUUUAUGAUGGCGGCUCGUACCUUUCUCCUCUGAUUGGAGCUUUCAGUGGAAAUACUUUGCCAGAAACAGUUGUUGCUCAUUCAGGACAGGUGAGAUUCCUUCAACACUGCCAAGUAUAUCUGAUUCAACCCUUAUUUGCCCUCUAAGUCCCAAUAAUAGUGACCAUCAUCAAUUUUCUCCUAAUGAUAUCCAUACAUUGAAGAGAUUAGAGAUUAAAGAGAUUAGGUUGUGAGAACUAAUGAAAUAAUCACCAAAGAGAAAAUGCCUUGAUCUUUUAUCAAAUUCUCUCAACUCAUUCUUUAAGGAAAUGCCUUGAAAAUGCCUCCUGAGAUCAGUUUGAAAGAGAAUUAAUUUUAUGUUACCCACAACUCAUUUUAAUAGCAAAGAAAGUGGCAGUAGAUGAAUUAACCCUUUGAGUCCCAAUAGUGACAAACAGCAAUUUUCUUCUAACAAAUGUCCAUACAUUGUCAAGAGAUAAGGUUGUGAGAAUAUAAAAAUGAUCAUAAAGAUUAAAUCUUGUGUUUUACCCUCAACUCAUUUUAAAGGAAAGCAAAGAAAGUUUGCAAUUUGUAGAUGAAUUAAUAUAUAGCAGCUCUACAUGUAGAGAAGGGAGGGAUUUUGAAUGUUUAGUCUAGUAUAGAGUUCUAAAGUGAUGACAUCAUGAAAAUUAAAUUUUUGAAGUUAUGGGAUUUGUUGGGAUAUUUUGAAAGAACAACUGUAGCCUUGUUUGUGAUGGCUUAAGUGAUCAACUGAGUGACAAAUUACAAAAGUUACAGAACCGUGCAGCUACAGUAAUUUUAAAGGCCAACUAUGGGACUAGCUCGAGCCUGCUUCUUGAUAUACUCAAAUGGGACAAAUUAGUUAUGAGGAGAAAGAAGCAUAAAGCAAUAAUGAUGUUUAAAUCUCUAAAUGAACAAGCUCCAGUGUACUUGCAGAACCUAUUUCACGAACGAAGCACAGACUAUGAUUUGCGCAAUUCCUUUCAUAAAUUAACAUUGCCCAGGCAGUGUACUAACUAGUUGAAACGAAGUUUCAGUUACAGCGGUGCUUUGUUGUGGAACUCUUUACCCGAAAAUGUGAGAGAAAUUAAAUCAGUCAGGAAAUUUAAAGAGCAAAUCAAACAUGUAUUUGAGUCGUCGGACUCUCACUCGGCAGUCUUGUAAAACAGUAUGUCGAUAGUUUUUAGUCUAAUUAAUUGUAAUUAGAUUUUUACUCUAUUGGGCGAUUCCAGAAAAUAUCCAUACCAUACCACGGAUGGCUUUAAGGAUUUCCGAAGGGGAGGGGGGAUUCACGAUUAUGGAAUUCUGAAGGCAUGGGGGGGUAUUUACGAUUUGAAAUCCGAAGGUAUGGGGGAAUUCCACAGGUGGGAUUUCUGGAGUAGAAAGUGUAGAGUAAGUUCCUGGAAAACGCUAUUGUUGUGGACUUUUGUAGUUAAGUGAAUAAACCACGAACGAUGACCGCGGAAGCAGAAGACAAGCAUCGAUAGAUCAGACACGUGUUUACGCUCAUAACUUAUAGAAGUGAACAGUAAAACGUUGGUUUCACAUUUACCUUGAUGAAUUUCUUGUCACGUGAAUAAAAACUGAAAAUGUAUCUUUUAAUACCGCUUGCAAAUUUCUUGUUACUCCCGUCCGAAACCGUCCGAUAAACAGUAAAAACUCACACCAGUCCCUCACUUCCAAGGAACGCCUGUCAGAUUAGAACGCUUUUUCGCGGCGCACUACAUGACGUAUAAAAGGACGCAACACAACUCGACGGUAUAUUUGACCGCCAAAAAGAUUUUAACAGUCUGUUUGAGCUAUUUUCCUUUGUAAACGCCAAAACAGCACAAGAAAACAAAGAGGAGUAAAAUUACCUUAAGUGGUGUUUAUUUUUAUAGCCAAAUUCGGACUUAAAAAGGAGUUUGCACGGCCUGGCAACUAGCGUGGGUUUUUCUUGUCACUGAAGAGUAAAGCUUGUCACCUGGCGCCGCUAGAUCACAGCCUUGAGGAGGCAUAAAUUCAUGUUCGUUUGUUCUUAUAGGCGCUGCUAAUCAAAAAAUGUAUUUGAAAAAAAAAACCGAAAUUCUGAAGGGAGGGGGGUUCAGUCUUGGAAAACAGGGCAUGGGGGUAGCGCAUUUUUUAAUCUAAUUAAAACAUGGAAGCCGUCCGUGGUUGGGUAUGGAUAUUUUCUGGAAUUGCCACAUUAUUACGAUUUUACUGAGUUUUAAAUAAAGAAUCUACCUACCUACCCACCUGAAAGGCCUACUUACCAAAAACUAGCAUUGCAGGGCAAAUUAUCUCAGAGAUACUAGUCAUGUUUUGCUCUGAUGACUCCAUUCAAAUCCUUCUAAAUUUGACUUGGUUCCUAAGUUAUGAACUGAGUCAAAUUAAGAAGGAUUUGUGUGGAGUCAUCAGAGCAUAACUGGGCUAAUAUCUCAAAGACAAUUUUCCCUAGAAUGCUAAUUUUUGGCAAGUAGGCCUAAACUUGAUGUGGUCUAGGCUAAGGGUCCCAGGGUCUCCACAGCGCGUCCCCACCCAAAAUCUCUAAAGCACCUCACUCCUCCUGGGUGAUCAUUAGAUGAUAUAAAACAAAAGAUUGGAUGAAAAGAAGUUGAACAAUGCCCACCCAAAAAAAAAACAAUGGUUUCCACAACACCAAGAAACACCCUCAGGGCCGGGUUGUUCCAAGCUGAGGUAAGAAAACCCAGGGUAAGUGCAAAAUUUGAAUUCAGAUGUGAAAGCUUAUAAUAAAAUAUUCAAAUUAUUUGAAUAUUUUUUUUCUACGAUUUGGUGAUUGGAUGCUCCCAAAAACUAGAGAAAAUUAUCCGAGAAAAUGUUUUUGAAAGAAAAAGAAACCCGGAUUAAAAUUUAACCCUGCGUCUGUGCUAAUAAGUCUUCAAACAACUGGGCCCUGGAGUUGAUCAACUUCAACUUCAACUUUAUUUAUUAAAAAUGGUUUUUACAAUAGACUGGCCUGCAAAAUAGCAAUUGCUAAUCCAGGCAGCCAAGUUAAAAGAAAAAAAUAAAUGAAGGGAAGGGUAAUAUUUUAAGUUAAAAUAAUUCUUAUUUCUAUCAUAGUUUUAUUAUCCCAGCCUUCCUGAUGGCACAGUACAUUGUAUGAAAAGUCGAAAUCAUUGUUUAACUUAUCAUUUUUUCCCCUUCUUUUGCAGAUGCUUAUCAAUCUUUAUAGUGACACUAAUUAUACUCUAAAGGGAUUUGUUGCUAACUACACUAUAGAGAAUUGCACCAAAAGUUGUUCUGGGAAAGGUAUCUGUGUAGAUGGCUUCUGUCAGUGUGAUAGAUUAUUACGUGGUAAAGCCUGUGAUUUGGAUGGCUGCCCCUCCCAGUGUUCUACGAACCAAGGACAUGGCCAGUGUAAUUUUGUAAGUUAAAAAGCUAAUUUAUUGUUGUACAUUUCAGACUAUUUCAGUUGUUAAAAAUGAUUGGUGGGAAGUAAGCCAAUUAGGUCAAAUGUUACAAUUCCAACAACAUCUUUUUUCGUGUUUUUGUUUUUUUUUUUUCACAAAUGAUGUCAUGUGCCAUGUGCAUUAUGACGACAUUUUAUCGUCCCUUCCCCCUCAAUCCUCAAUAUUUGAAGACGUGGGGGGUUGACAGCCCUGAUAACAGACCUUCUUAUAGGGUUUGAAAUCUAACUGUGAGCUGAUAAGUCACAAGCCGUAUCUUGGUUUUUGAGAGGUAUAGACUAUAGAAAAGUUGUAUUGAUGGCACAAUUUUUCUUUGUCUUGCUCACAACUUCUAAGAGACUUCAGGGCAAAUGGACAUCAAGAACUGUCAACUGUAUUGUAAAACAAAAAUAGACGACAAUUUGCUUUUAAUCUUUUCUCUUGUAGACCACAGAAAUGAUGUCAAAAUGUUUACAACUUUGCAGUGACACCACACACUAUUCCACUUGAGUUUUAAACAUUUUGACAUUAUUGCUAUGGUGUAUAAGGAUGAAGACCAUAUCGAAACAUAUCUAAACCAUAUCAUAAACCAUAUCUAUUUAUUAAUUAUCUUCCACUUAUUUAUUGCCUUUUUAUUAACAGACCCAGGGUCACUGUGAAUGUAACAGUGGAUACAUUGGUGAAUCAUGUUCUCUUCCCACUCAUACUGAUGCGGACUCCAACAAAUGGUUCACGGUUUCAUCAACAUCUUCAGUUUUCAGUCCUAGGAUUGCUCAUUCAGUCAUAUACUUUGAGAAGAGUGAUAUUUUACUUGCCUUUGGAGGUUUGUACAUCUUGUAAUUUUAAAAAAAUUGCAACUUGAACGCUUGACGGGGGGGGUGAGGGGGAGCACUCCCUUAUUUGGCCUAGAUGGGUAUGUGCCGCUGAGCAGGGUGUGGUUUUCAGGAUCUUGACACUUGAACAGGGUUUUCACCAUUUAGCAUCUUGAUUGUGCAGGGUGUCUUUUUGGACCAGAAGAAUAUGAAGGUUGGUAAUAAGCAGUCUACUUGUGCAUGUAUAGUACCAACAACUUUCUGUGCACAAAACAAAAGGAUUCAGGUCUCUAGUGUUAAACAGGGUCAUGGUUUGAAGACCUUGGCAGCACACCUCUACCGAAACUUCCCUUGAGUGCUCCCCCCUAGUUUCCUAGGAGCCCAGUUCCUCGAGUUUAACCCAAGAUUUUAGCCAAAAUUUAAACACAGCUUUCUGGUCUAGCAACAUGUAACUCAAGCUUACAAAAUACUGUUGAGCCUUUACUCUGAGAUGCAGUAAUGAUAACUCAAAAUUUGACUGUAAGCAGUGCGUAGAAGGUAAAUGCAAAAAUUGGAGCAAAAUGUUAAUUCUGGAUUAGCGCUAACCGGCCUUUCAGGGGGGGCCAAGGUCACUAAUGAGUGAUGAGUUUAUUAUAAGUGAACAUUAUGUUAUUUUAUCUUUAUUAGGCUAUUCCUUAAACAAGGUGUAUGCUGACUUGCUGCAGUUCAAUUUUACUACAAGUCUUUGGAGUGAGGUCUAUCCUGAGUCUCCUAAACCAGUGAGUCCAAAAUUAAUAUUAAGGACCUUUAAAAAGUGAAUUUGUUUUCUUUCAAUAAUCAUCAACAAAGCCAGUUACUGGCUUUGUCGAUGAUAUCAAAGAAUCUCUUCCAGUGUCUACAUAACCAUAAUUUACAGUUAUAACAAUAUAUAAAUAGAUAUAUUAAUACUGGAGUUGAAACUCGUCAAAAAACACUUCAAAAUUUCAAAGCAAAAAAAUGCUACUUUUGUAACUGUCAGGGGUUUCAUUAAUUUUCAAAUAAGCAGCUGAACAAAGGUGUUAAAAGGAGCAUAGAAUUAUUAUAGACUUUUAUCUGGGGGGUGCUGUUCAUAGUUUUUUUUUUUAUUGGGACUCUUCCUCAUCUAGAGAGAAGACAAAAAAAGCCUUCCUUUUGUGAAUCCAUAUUUGCUGGGGGGGGAGGGGUAGCGUGAGAUGUUUUUCAAGAGCAAGGGAAAGUUGGGUGGAAGGUUUUAAUAUUUUGAUCUCUAUCACCUUCUCCCCUUGGAGAAACUCCCUUUACAAAUAAAGUGCGUAGCGUUUGUGUGUGUUAAAAGUAGGAAGGUGGUAAGUUAAACGCUGAUAAUUGCGAAUAAAAGUCCAAUGUUUCGGCAAUGCUGCCUUCAUCAGGGAAAAUAUGUGAGUUCGUAACAUGUGAGAACUCACAUAUUUUCCCUGAUGAAGGCAGCAUUGCCGAAUCGUCGGAGUUUUAUUUGCAAUUAUCAGCAUUUAACUUACCACCUUCCCACUUUUAAAACUCCCUAUACACCUAUUUGUAUAACUUUUUAAAAAAUGCUAUCAUCUCAGACAGCAUUAUUGACAGUUUGAGGCCUGACAUGUAUGCAUUUUUUUGGUAGGUGGGUCGUUUUUCUCACUCUGCAAGCCUGUAUCAUGACAGCAUGGUGCUUUUUGGUGGAGAAUUACAAGACAGAAGUGUCACCAACGAACUGUGGCUUUACAACAUAUCUGUCAGUAAAUGGACAGAGUUGGCAGUGAAUGAUUCAUUUAAACCACCUCCUGUUGCUGAACAUACAGCCACUCUGGUAGACGAUGUAUUGUACAUUUUUGGUGGUAAGCUCUAUUCAUAAAAUUCUGGCACUGGCCACACUAUACAGCAAAAAACAAGCAAAAAAAAGAAAAGAAUUGGCUGUGUUUAAUGAGCUAGGGUGACACCAAUCAGAUAUCUUAGUCUCUUGUGUAUCAUGAUAUAGUUAGUAGAGGAGACUGGUUAAGAAAUUGUGGCAAACAGAGCAAUGCUGCAGUUUAUGUUUGAAGCUCCCUGAUGGUGCUCAAGUGGUGAUGGAAUAAUUAAAUUUAAAUAAUGUAAUGUUUUUAUUGGUCAAUAAGAUCAAAGCAAUAGGAAUGCUUUUGAUAGUUGUGCACCAUCAAGUCUACAACAAAGGGGUCUAACAGGCUUCAUAACAGUAAACCAUUCCACCCUUUUUACUAUGAUCAUAAUUAAUGAACUGCAGACUUAUUGGCUUAAGGCUGGUUUUCACUAGCGACGGAGUCAGAAUCAUAAGCAUAAAACUUUACGUUCUAGUGAAAACAGCAUUCUGAUUCUGCUUACGACUUCAUAGUUUAGGAUCAAGUGAAAACUAGGUUGUUGGAGUUGCCCGCAGAAGCAGAAGAACUAAGUGAAUCACAAAGCAUGGGAACGUGCAUUCUGAUUGGUUUAUCCUUCCAUUUCAGCUUCGGACUCCAACAAUCUGAUUUUCACAAAGUCAUAAGUGACGGUGUCACAAGUGGAGUCGGAAGAAAUGGAAAUGGUCUUGUUCUCCCGACUCUGAUUCCGUCUCGCUUAUGACCCUGCUUGUGGCUCAGAUUUUUGAUUUUCACCGAGUCAUAAGCGCUGUUACGACUCAGACUCCGACUAAGUCGCUAGUGAAAACCAGCCUUUAGUCGGUUGGGUACCAUGAUCAUGUUCAAUUCCUAGUCAUGAAGGAGCUGCAAUCAAUCAAUCAAUAAUCAUUUAUUUAUCCAUGUACUCUGUAAUGAGCUAACAGGCACAUUUUUGUGCAUUUUUUUGGGUUUGAAAGUUUCGAUUCCUGGAUUUUUUGGGGUAGGAAAAUUUAUUUAUUUAUUUCUUUACUUAUAUUUGCCAGUUCUUGGCACGGUCACUGCAACAGCGCUACACAGGCCCGUAACAGUCCUUCCCCCAUGAAAGAUAGACCAUUGCACCAGGGACUACGUCAACUAUUUUUAUGGGUGGCUUCAUUAAGUGGGGAGUUUUCGGGGGUACUCAGAACAAUCUGACUCAUGUGUUUGAAAAAACAACAAUCCCAGUUCAUGUUUUCAAACCAACAGGCCGCACCACUAGUGAUCAUUUCUCCCCAGCCAUGUACUCAUAUUCACUGUCUAGUCAAACUGGUUGGGAGAAGAUCUCAUACAAAUCAGGAAAUGAAGAUCAUCUACGCAUGUUUGGCCACUCAGCAGUUUAUUAUGCAGACAUGAGAUCUAUUAUCAUCUUUGGAGGAUUUGUUCCUAAAGGAGCCAGAGUCAGUGAUCGCUCAAACAAACUCCUUGCAUUUCAUGUUGAUCUUCAAGUGUGGUCUGAAUUGGCGGCUGUUACCCCAGAUAGUAAAAGUGUUUCACCAGGCCGUGCAUUUCACUCUGCAGUGUUGGUUGGAGACUAUAUGAUCAUAUAUGGUGAGAGAAUUUUCUUGCUUAGAGGAAGUCAGCUAUGCAGCUGUUAUUGUCUUGUCGCUCAAUACUCCUCUUGUGAGAUAAAAAGGGCUGCGUAGAAGACCAGCCGUGAGGGAGACCACUGUAGCCUGGCUUGUGGGGGUAGCCAGCCAAGUAGUCAGAUUGCUGGACUUGUUAUCCACACAGGGCAUGCACACACCAUGAAAAUCCUCAGGGUUGUCAAAAGUAGCCAGCUGCCGGCAAAAAUUGCCGCCUACUUGGUUAGUAUUGGCUGGCUACUCUGCUUGGCAUUUCUUUACUGAUGGCAUUUUUGUGAAUAAAAUAUCCCUGGACUGGCCGCGUACUUUGACAACUCAGCCAUCUACUUCAAAACUUUCUGACAAUCCUGAGUCCUUGAAAAUUGCAUUCAGUGCUGGAAAGUCCUUGAAUUUUGGUGCUAACUUUCUAAUUUAAAGAGAACUGUAAACAAAAAGGAGCAAACUGAAAAAGACCUUCAGGAUAAAAUUGCUCAUGUUGUGGAAGAACUAAAAAUGACAGACUCAAGGCUCUUUUUUGAACUAAAUGGGGACCUUGAAAAAUGGGAAAUGUGUCUUUGAAAGUCCUUGAAAAGUCUUUGAACUUUUUGUUUAAAAAAGGGUACAAACCCUGAUCGACAGGCCCCAAGUUAAAGUCGUGACCGGACCAUUAGCUGAAUUUUUUCUCAUAGUCCUGAGUUCAAAUCCUCAGUUAUGCUUGUAAAACGUCAACUUGUUCACCUCCUAGCAGCUUGUUAUUCGUUUUAUUAUCUCUGAAAAGCCCCAUAAGGAUAGUGGAUUUUAUAUUAAUUUUAGAGGGUUUUUUGAGGCCUCCUAAACAAGCUACAUAGCAGUUCUAAUCAAAAUACUUUUUGAAUUUCAUCACUUUUUUAAACUUCAAAAUGUCAUAAUAAGUCAAAUUCAUUUCAGUACCACAAGUACGGGGGGCUUAUAUUCAGGGGAUGGAGGAGCCCAGGGGCAGUGACAGAUCCAAGGGAGGAGCCCCCCCCCCCCCCAUCUCAAGGUCUGGAUCCGGCACUGGAUAGGUCUAUGAAUGGGGGGGGGGGCUCAUAUUGGAAGUUUACUGUAGUUGAUAGCUGAACAUUGUUUGUUUUUCCAAACUUUAGGUGGAAAUAUACAUCAAAUGUGCUAUGAUAACAGCCUUUUCUUUUACCACUUAAAAUGCCAGAAGUGGAUUUCUUCAGAUAUAUUUAAAGCUCUUUCUCCAUCUUCAUCAUCCACUCAACUGCGUGGCAGAUUUUCCCACCAAGUUGUGCCGCGAAAUGGAAGUGUCCUGUUGGUUGUGGGAGGGUUUAGUGGACAGCCACUGGGCGAUGUCUUGGGAUAUAAGCUGCCGACCGCCAUAAUCGCUGACAAAAAUUCUACUGGAGGUCAGUGCGGAAGUUACAACAAUGUGGAAAAGAGUUGUAAAGAUGACCCUGAUUGUGGAUGGUGUAGUACAGAUUCUAAGUGUUUCAGUCGGACUCAGUCAGGUAGUUGUGGUGUGAGUCUCAAAACAGGGUAUUGUCCAGGCCUUUGUGCUGUAUUCAAGCAGUGUGGUACUUGUUUAUCAUUUGGAAGUACGGCCUGUGGCUGGUGUGUGCAGGAUAGUAGCUGCUACCCAACUGGGUCCCCCACGGGUGCCUGUCAAACAGUAAACAACAACAACAUAGAAUCUUUGAGAGGCUGGUGGGGUGACUCUGGACAAUUUCUGACGUCAUUUAACCAGUGCCAGAGCAGUGACCACCCUCCAGGGAUUACAGUUGUGGAAAAUCAAAUGUAUCCACUCAAUUCUAUUCCUGAUAACGUUAUGAUUGCUUUGGAGACAGAAGUCUGGGUGUUGCGUCCUUCCACAGUUCAGCUUAUUGGAUAUAUAUACCCCUAUAAAUACCUAUCAUCUCCUUGGAGGGAUUAUGGAAUGAUUUUUUCAAUCUCUAAUUUUGCGUCUGGUAAAGUUGAAGUGUGGCUUAGUACAGAUGACACAGAAGCUAACCAGGUAAGUGUAUGACAACUUUAUAGUACUAUACAUGUGGGGCUCAGUGACUCAAAUCAUGAAUGUGCAAGGGUUCUUAAUAGAAUUUUGUACAGCCAUAUAUUAUUGCUGUGCUACUUACAGGGAUAACAAAUGGCACGCUCCCCCAGGGAACUUUGUAUUUAAGGAAAAGGAGACCACUCCCAUGGCUGGCAAAUCCUGGCAUCCCAGCCAAGAGCCCCCACAUGCUAGGGAAGAAAACAGGCACCUGUCACACUGAGCAAGUCUUUGGAGUGACUAGGGAAGGGAGGGGCAAAUGGCUAUAAACUGAGUCUGUACAAGGCCAAGGCUGAAUACUAAUGAAAGGCCAGAACACUUAAUCUCACUUGAACAUGGUACAACUCACACAACUCCAAGAGCACAUGGGAUCCCAGGGGCAUGUACAUCUUUCAACAUUGCUGGCCAGCAAGAUAAGACCUGUUGUGAACUCAUUUAAAUUGCAUUUAACUGCGUCCAAAACAUUAAGAAAUGUGUAAUUUUUCUUUUUCUGUCAGGAGUUGGUAGGCAGUUGUAAAGACCCUGUUGGGGGAGGUUGCCUCCUUAAACACCUUCAGCGUAGCAGCAACCAGAGACUCUUUCCGUCACAAGCUGAAGACAAACGCUACUUUAUCAAGGUCAUUAUAAACAAAACUUCACCCCAAGAUGGUGGCAAUUCUCAUUUCACACUCAGUUGGAACCGAACAAGUCCGGGUAGUAGUAUUAGGACACAUGAGGUGAGCAUAUGUCUGUUUACCCUUUAAUGACAGCUUUGGUUGUUUUCAUCCUUAUGGAGCAAUGCAUAUUUUUGUUUCUAAAUUCCAUUUAGCUUUCAGUUUAAGCGUUUAAGCAGUGAGUUCGAAAAGGAUACAUCUAUGCACAGGUACCCCAUUUUGAAAACUGACAGAGUUAAAUGCAAAAAAUCCCAAGUAUUUUUGUGUAUAACCUAACCUUCUUAGCACUUGAAACACUUCCCUUACAAUCAAAGCAUAAACAGCUUGGAAAAAAAGUUCCCUUCGGUAGUCCAGGAUAAGUAGAUUUUCUUGCUGGGCAAGUAACUUUUAAUGCUCAUUUGCCUAACGGGCAAGGAAGGGUACAGGCAAAUCAUCCUCUAACAAGUUAGGUUUCUGAGAAACUGCCCACCUUCCCCUCCCCUAAGCCAACAUUUUGCCCUAAGUGAGAAGUAUGUGUUAAUGCUAGCAUAGGGGAGGGGUAGGUGGGCAGUUUCCCAGAAACCUAAACUAAAAUGAGACAUGGCCCUGGGCAAGCAAAAUUGUAAAAGCUGCUUGCCCAAAGGACAAGCUUGAAUUCAAAUUUUUUUCCAAGCCCUGCAAGGGUCCAUUUUACCUAUCGCUAGUUAACUCAGUAAGUUUGGUUUCUCACCAUCAGUUAUUUCUUAUAGAUUUUAUCAGCACAAUUCCUCCAGCCUUACAGCAGUUCAAACUGCUCAGGGCACAAGAGUUGCCUUGCAUGCAUGACAAAUGCAAAUUGUGGAUGGUGUGUGACAGCCUGUGUGUCACGCAAUACUGGCUCUUGUUUUGACAGUAGUGGAAAUCAUCUCACUUUAAAUCAAACAGAAUGCACAGUGUGUUCAGACUAUGUGGACUGUUCAUCUUGUAAUCAGGUACUUGUCAUAAUACCAAGUUUUAUUGUCACACCUGGGGCUUUUUGAACCAUUCGGUUCACAGCUUGGGCAAAAGGAAAGGAAAACUCAGGACUGGUUAAUUUCAUUCUGGAAUCACACUUACCAUGCACACAAAACAGUUCCUUUCACUGAAAAACAGCUUUGUGAAACUACAAUCAAACUUCCACAAUGGCCAGCUCUCGACAACAGCCAAUUUUUGUUCCAGCAGACAGUCCGUACAUUGACUCUUGUUUAAACCUCUCUACAGCGGCCAUUUUGGAGAGGUUCAAGUGUAGUAUCAAGGACUAUCAAAGGGUUUAAACAAGUGGAACACACAUUUCAUUUAAGAACAUUUUGUCCAGAAAAACCGGACUUAACCUUGUCAGAAGUUCCCGAAAAUACAUGUAAUAAAAGCUUGUUUUUUGUUAAAUUUCCAGGGUAGCAAUUGUGUUUGGGGUGCCGGUAAAGAUCUGACACUUGGUUGUUAUCAACGGGGGCAAAAGUUGACAACUGUUCAUGAAGAUUGUAGCAGUCCUUGCUUAAGGUAAUGAACGUCUUUAUUACAGUUUUGCUCUCUAAGGAUACAUUGGUGGUAUCUUAAACUCCGUGAUAUUAACAAAAAUUCUUUAAGCACCAUGGGGUGAUCAUCGACAAUUAUCAAACUACACUGCG